AUGCAGCCCCCUCGCUGCUGCCUCCUCCUCGUCCUUCUCUACCUCUUCCUCCUCUCUGGGACAUGGGCAACCCUGCAGGGGACCUUCACUUUCCGGCUGCUUCAAACCUCUACCUUCCAAAACACCUCCUUUGUGGACACGGAGGGGAUAGGCCUGCUGGAAGACAUCGAACUUGGGUCUCUUGAUAAGCACACCUGGGACAUCCACUUCUGCCAGCCCUGGGUGCGUCCAGCCCUGCCCCGCAGUCAGUGGGACAUCAUUGAUAACAUUUUCAAGAUCUAUUUGUAUACUUUCAUCCGCAUCAUGAAUGAAGGCGCCAUACAGAAGGAUGAAGGCAAUCCCAGCCCCUCAGGCAACCUCUCUCCCCUCUCGGCCCCUCCAGACCCCUUUGUGCUUCAGUUCAUGGCAGGCUGCAAGCUCUACCCCAACAGGACCUCUCAGAUAUUCGCCUAUGUGGGCUACAAUGGGCAGGACUUCCUAAGCUUCAACACAGACAAUGCCACCUGGACCCUCUCCCAGGACACCGACCUGGCACGGUACGUCAGGGAUGUCCUCCAGAACGACACAACCCUCGUUGAGGCGGUGAAGGACCUCUUGAACGAUACCUGUGUCAAUGCCCUGGAGAUGUUCCUGAGUUACGGGAGGGCAGCUCUGGAGAGACAAGAGCUGCCCGUGGCCACGGUCUUUGCCCGCACGCCCAGCCCACACCAGCUGCUGCUGGUUUGCCACGUCACCGCCUUCUACCCCCGGCCCAUCAGUGUGGCCUGGCUGAGGGAUGGCCACGAGGUGCCUCCGGGCCCGCAGCUCAACACCAGCCCCGUCCUGCCCAACGCUGACCUCACCUACCAGCUCUCCAGCGUCCUGGCCGUGGCCCCCCAGGACGGGCACAGCUACGCCUGCCGCGUGCGCCACCGCAGCCUGGGCACCCGCAGCCUCCUCGUCCCCUGGGGGAACUCACCGGUGCUGCUCAUCACAGGGCUCGUGGCCGGCCUGCUGGGAGCCGUGGCUCUUGCUGCCCUGCUGCUGCUUUGCCUCUGGAGACGCAGAAAGCACCAGGGCACAGAGGAAUCACAGUCCAGGAACUCCAUCCUGAGCAAAGAAGCUUAG